CAAAGAACUAUUGGAAUGCGAUUUAAGAGAUAGUGUAAAUGGGUCAACUGUCAAUUCUAGCCAAAUGGAAUUUAUUGAACAAUCAGAAAAAUCUUCUGAUUCAUUUGAACCUAUUUCUGGAUCUUGCAACUAA